AUGGGGGUGGAGGAGGAGGAGGGCGCCAUCAACGGCGGCGAGGAGGGGCCCGGCCUCGCGGCGGCGCCGCACGACCGCUGGGUCCUGCUCCGCCCCGCCCAGGGCUCCGCCCGCCCCUCCGCCCGCUACAAGCAUGCCGCGGAGGUGGUUCAAGACAAGCUGUACGUGGUCGGGGGAAGCCGGAAUGGGCGCUCUCUGUCAGAUGUUCAGCUGCAAUUUUGGCAGGUCUUUGAUUUCAGGACGUCCAAGUGGUCAGCGUUACUGUUAAGUCCUAGUCGAGAUUCAAACCAGCUGAAUCUUGAAAAUAAUGCCGGAAACCAGCCGUUCCCAGCAUUAGCAAGCCAUAGUAUGGUCAAGUGGAGGAACAUGCUUCUGGUUGUAGCUGGGAACUCCAGAGCAUCAACAUCGAAUAAGGUUUCAGUUUGGUUUAUCGAUCUGGAAACAAAUAGCUGGUCUGCUGUUGAUACAUAUGGAAAAGUCCCAAUGGCUCGAGGUGGGCAAUCUGUAACACUAGUCGGUUCUCGAUUAAUAAUGUUUGGUGGAGAGGAUAAUAAGAGGAGGCUUCUGAGUGAUCUUCAUGUACUUGACUUGGAGACAAUGAUUUGGGAAGAAGUUAAAACAGAAAAAGGUGGCCCAGCUCCUAGGUAUGAUCAUUCGGCUGCUGUUUAUGCUGAACAUUAUCUUUUAAUCUUUGGCGGUUCCUCUCACUCCACAUGCUUCAACGAUCUGUACUUACUUGACUUGCAAACUCUGGAGUGGUCUCAACCUGACACUCAAGGUGCACAUAUAACUCCUAGGAGUGGCCAUGCUGGUAUGAUGAUUGACGAAGAUUGGUACAUAGUUGGUGGUGGAGAUAAUGCCAGUGGUUCCACUGAUACAAUCGUAAUGAACGCUUCCAAGUUUGUCUGGUCUGUGGUCACUAGUGUGUCAGUUCGAGAUCCACUUGCUUGUGAGGGCCUCACUCUUUGUUCAACCACAGUUGAUGGCGAAAAGUUUCUAAUUGCCUUUGGUGGUUACAAUGGGAAGUACAACAAUGAGAUCUUUGUGAUGAAACCCAAACCAAGAAACUUUGUGCAACCUCGGCUUUUCCAAUCUCCAGCAGCCGCUGCUGCUGCAGCUUCUGUGAAAGCUGCCUAUGCUGCAAUAACUGCUACUGAUGAGAAAACUAAGGAUAUUGUUGCUACUGAUGAUUUGGAUGUGAAGAGAGCUGAACCUGGAAGUUCUUCCAAAGAAAUGGUUGCCGAAAUUGAUGCACUUAAUGGGGAGAAAGGAGAACUAGAGUCUCGACUGGCAGAAGUUCGCACUGAAAACUCAAAGCUAAAGGAUAAACUAGAUGUGGUGAAGUUGUCCCACAAUGAAUUGACAAAGGAACUUAGAUCAGUUGAGAAUCAGCUAGCUGCUGAGGGUUCAAGAUGCCAGAAACUGGAGUCCCAAAUUGCUGCUGCGCAUAAAAGGUUGGAGUCUGCUAGUUCUCUGGAAAAUGAACUGGAAGCCUUGCAGCAACAAAUAUCUCAGGCGGAACAAACCAUGACGACUUCUCAGAGACGGAAAUCAGGGGGCGUGUGGAAGUGGGUGGGAGGAAGUGCAGAGGUCUCCGACAAUGAAUAG